GGGGGAAGGGGUGGGGUACGGUGCGUCGGCGCCAUGCGACUCGACCAGAACGACACACUGCAAACGAGAGUCAGACAAUUGGUUAUGUCGUGCUCAAACAAUAUUUUAUCUAUUACGAAACCCAAAAGGAGGGCAAUUCACCACGUGAUUAAAUAAUUUAGCUGGGAUGCCGCCGCUCUCCAAUUUCGUUUGUAUUGUUUUAGGAGUCUUCCAAAACUUACACGGUAGCAGCGCGUGAAAAGAGCUAGGUUUAAAGGGGUGCUCGCUCUACCUUAAGCAUGGAGACGGAGAGCGUAAAGGAAAGCGCCGUCGUGACCGAUUUGGACAGGGACCAGCAGUAUUGUGAGCUUUGUGGAAAGAUGGAAAACCUGCUUAAAUGUGGACGAUGUCGGAACUCGUUCUACUGUAGUAAAGAACACCAGAAAUCGGACUGGAAGAAGCACAAGCAGUUUUGUAAAGAGGCCGGAAAAGCUCAGUGUCAGACGCAGCCCGAAUCAACACAACAGCCCGCACGGACUGCGAAAGGAGGGCAAGGCAAGCAGUUAAAAAAGAAAAGCACCGAGCAACAGAAUGACACAGCUUCUCAGAGCACCACAAACACUGGACGUUCAAAUCCGCCUGCAGAUGGCGAAAGAAUGAAAGAUUUGAUCACUUCGGCAACUCGCUCGGGUAGUGUGUCUGACAGCAAGCAGACUGGGGAAGGAAUUAAGCUCAGCUAUAAGACCAACGGACAAACGAUGUCCCCCCCGCAGAAACUGGCUAUGAACUAUAUCGUUCCAUGUAUGAAUAAGCAUGGCAUCUGUGUUGUUGACAAUUUCCUUGGAGAAGAGACUGGACUGAGUAUUUUGGAAGAUGUGAGAGCCCUCCACAAGACUGGUAAAUUUACUGACGGACAGUUGGUUAGUCAAAGAAGCGACUCCACUAAAGAUAUACGAGGAGACAAAAUAACUUGGACUGAAGGAAGAGAGCCUGGUUGUGAGAAGAUAGCCUUUCUCAUGAGUCGCAUGGACGACCUGGUCCGACACUGUAAUGGUAAACUGGGAAACUACAGAAUAAAUGGAAGGACGAAAGCUAUGGUGGCCUGUUACCCAGGCGACGGGACUGGGUAUGUACGUCACGUGGAUAACCCUAACGGCGAUGGGAGAUGUGUAACGUGUAUUUACUAUCUCAAUAAAGACUGGGAGGCUAAGUUUCAUCUGCUGUCCGGGUGGCUGGUCACAGAUGAUCCCGCAGGUGAUGAAGCUGGAUGUGGAGGUCCUGGGCUGGCGUGGUUACACGUGGUCUGCGGUUCUGAGGAACAUGGAGGAAUCCUGAGGAUUUUCCCAGAGGCCAAGGCACAGUUCGCCGACAUCGAACCCAAGUUCGACCGCCUGCUCUUCUUCUGGUCGGACCGGCGGAACCCCCAUGAGGUGCAGCCAGCAUACCACACCAGGUAUGCCAUAACAGUGUGGUAUUUUGAUGCCGAUGAACGAGCUCGGGCCAAGGAGAAAUACCUAACAAGUGCAGGAGAAAAGGGAGUAAAGGUAGAAUUGAACAAGCCGUCGAAUCUGAGCUAAUAUGAGAGAAGCGGUUGGUCCUGAGGCGCCACUGCCAUCACCUGCUGCUGCUGUGGACAGAUUCGGAAAGAGGGAUGGAUGGAGGGAGGGAAGGAAGGAAAUAAGAAGGAUGGUGGGAUGAAGAGGAGAGCGACGAAAGAAACCAACUCGGACUAGUCCGCUUUCUUUACACUUAUUAUCCAAAGUUGACACACACACAACACAUACACACACACACACAGACCCUGAAUGUGAUGUCAUUGCACUGCAAGGACUCAUCAUUAUUUCCCAAGUUUCUGUUUUUGCUUGUUGCUUUGAUGUUUUUGGCUUUAUUAUGUGUAGAAUGCCAGUGUAAAAAUUAGCUUUGGAGAAAAAAAAUAUGUACGGGGUGAGCCGAAUGCAAAGAAAUUAUAUUCUUGUGAAUUUUGGGGGUGAUGUAAGAAGGGUACCCAUAUGUGCUUAUCUGUCAGACGGGUUGUCAUGGUCUCCAUCUGGAUGGAUCUCUCACUGUUAAAAAAGGUACAGAAGACUGUGUAUGAUGUCCCUCGACAGGAGGUUGUGACACACUGUCCGGCUAUUGCCUGAUGCACACUAUCAGGCCGACUCAAACCGUACUGUGCUGAUUUGGAUACUUUCUUUUCACAUGAUCCUUUGCAGCACGGUCCUAGUAAAUGAGGAUGAUGCGUAACCACGCCAGAACAGUACAAUACAGUACAGUAUGGUUUGGCUUAGUAGAGUGAAAAGGCUAUUAAUAGCUUAAGCUGCACUGACUCGAAUACGAUAGAAGUUUUCCCGUUUGUGCAAACGGGCUGUAGUGAUUUUCACAUUGCAGGCGUAUGUUGAUUGCGGUGCUGUUCUGUGUCCUGGCAUCCAUUGUUUGGUAACUGGGUCCUGUUCAUUAGCCACCAAACAGAAGAAAAUGGACUGAAACUGACGUGCUCGUUCUCCGUUGCAAAGCAUUUUAAAACGUUUCCUUAUUUGCCCUUAUGAACACGGCCCUGUGUACGUUACAGGAGCAUCCUAACCUGCGAUCAGAGAUCUGUCUGUUGUUGCAGACGUAAUAUCACCGUUGUCUUAAAAACCAAAAACGGACACCUACCUAUUAGCCUUGCAGCGACCUUGCAGCUCUGAAGUUUAGUUUUGAAUAAAAAGGCUGAUUUUGUAAGUGCAGUUUGAGUCUGCGGCUGUAUCGUCUCGUCAUUGCAGCGUGUGUGGGAUGUGUGUGUGUAUCUGCACGUAUGCAUUUGUGCGAUUCUUUCUCUGACCACUGAGCCGAGAUUGAAAGUGAGUGAGAGAGAUUGUAAUAAUACAGUCAUGACUAUUCUCUCCGGCUAUACACCAUCGCCAUCAUGUGGUCACAAAACCAUAAAGGAUUCAUUCCUGUUAAGGCACAUCUGACCAAUGAGUUUAUCAACAGGAGAAUUGGCAGACCUAACUGAAUGCGGCCGGUAUCCUAGCGGUUAAGAGCGUUGGGCAAGUAUCCGAAACGUUGAUUUGAAUUUUUGCCUUUCUGCCCUUGAGCAAGGCAAUAACCCCCAACAACAACUGCGCCGUUGACGUUGAUCUGAUCAAGGCAGCCCCCCGCACCUCUCUGAUUCAGAUGGGCUGUGUUGAACGCAUUCAGUUGUGCAACUGAUUAGGUUUUCCAUUUCUCCAUCCACCCUAAAACAUACCACAGGACCUUUGCAUGUGAUUUUGUUUAAACUGUAUUUAUUUGCCAUUGAUCUAUUCAUUUAUCAAUAAAUCAGGUGACAAGUAAAUAAGACAA